AUGGAGCCCCAGAAUAGCGAUAGGAGAGAGCCCCGAAGACGGCCGACAUACACCAUCCGCCGUAUCAAACCGUCAGACUUCUCCGAAGUAGCAGCUAUUUUAGCAAAAUCAAUGAAGGAUGACGACCUGUACACGGCAGUAUUUCCGAGAAGGGAAGAACACUAUGAUAUUUCCCUGGACGGCUUUCUCCGGCUCACAAAGGAGAGAUAUUGGACUCCUGGUUGUGUGAUGUAUGUUGCGGUCACUGCUCCAGACGGGGAUAACUGCAGCCACAUUGAAAAGAUUGUUGGACACGCGAGUUGGAAGCGUACUGGGACAAGCCCUGCCGCGCAAAUAUGGACUUCUGAAAACGAAGGGGGCUGGAAUGGAUUACAGCUUUCUCUCUGCAGGACGCAGGACAGCCUCGCCCGAUAUUUUCAGCCGAACAAGACCAUCGUCGAAAAACCUCCUCCUUCCCCUCAAUUUGAUGAUAACUUCCCGUCUUCCAUAUUUCCAGAGUUGUGGUACUUGGCUACCCUUGCGGUUGACCCGGAAUAUCGAGGACAAGGAAUAGACAAAUUAUUAGCACAACGCGGUAUCCAUCACGCCGUCGAAGAGAAUGUUCCUCUUGGGUUAGAGUCAAGCGCCAGAGGUCGAAAGCUAUACGACAAGAUGGGGUUCAAGCUAUUCAAAACGACGGUUAUCGGAGAGAUGGCAGUUCCUGUGAUGGUCUGGGAGCCUCCGAGACCAAGUGUUGAAACCGAAAAAGCGAGAGAGUGGCAGGGUAUGAAUGGAACUACACAGAUUUAUACCAGAUACCCCUGA